AUGUUAGCAGAUCAGUUGGCUCUGAAGGACGGCAAAGAGGUUCUCGGCAUCUGUGAGGUGGUCGGUGGAGCUAUAGGCCGUGCAGCCCAGAAACUGAAGGAGUAUCUUGGAUUUGAAGACACGCUGAGCAAUCUAUGCCCAGCUCCAAACACUCUCAAUGAGAUCUUCUUAAUCCACUUCGUCACUUUCUGCCAUGAAAAAGGCAUUGACAGCUGGCUUACUACCACCAAGAUGACCAAACACCAAACCUUACUGUUCGGGGAGGACUGGAUUCGGACCUUUUGGGGAUCCGAUAAGCAAAUAAGGCUCCAGCUGGCGGUACAGACUCUACAGAUGUCUUCUCUUCCUCCCGUGGAAUCUGAGCCUUGUGACCCCUCCAAUCCAGAAUCCAGGGCAGAGGGGUCUUUCAGCAAUAGAAGUAGGUUUGAUAAGCUGGAGGAAUUCUGUAACUUGAUAGGAGAGGAUUGUCUGGGCCUGUUUAUCAUCUUUGGUGUGCCAGGAUAGCCUGAAGACAUCAGACAUACUGUUGUCCUGGACAGUAUCAAACGUGAGACUGUGAGGGGCCAUCUGCUGGGAGGGACGGCGGUGGCACGAUUCAUCCUGGAAACUGAAGAUUGUGUCUCCAUCAGGGAACUGCUUGGAAACUGUCUGAGUAAGCAAGACGGGCUGAGAGAGGUGGGCAAGGUUCAUAUUAGCAUCCUCUGAACUGGCUAUGUGAGAUGAGAUGGGCCUGUAAGAUAAAAAGGAAAAAAAUAUUUUAUUUUAAUAAGCAAGUUCAUCCUCUUACAUUAUCCUCUCAUGGGAUUUCUUUUUUCUCCUCUCCCCCGACCCCACAUUGAAUGAAAACCAUCACCUGGGUCAAAACAUCUUAGUAUCAUGAUUAUCGAGAGAAAAAAUCCUGCCUGUAUUUCAGGGAAAAUGUAACAAUUUAGCUUAAUCUUUUAU